GCACCGGCCAUUUUAGCAGCACUCCAGGCGCCGUGUUGCACCGAGCGGUCAAAGACAGCGCGUAAAACGAGCACUUGUACCACGCUCGCGCAUCGCGAGAGAUCCAGGCCGCGCGCGAGCUGCAGCGCGAGUUCGCGGCCGGGCAUUCAAAUGUCGCCCGGAGCAGUGCUCGGCCGCGGCGGCGCGGCGACGCCUCGCGCAGCGCCCACACACCCACGCCUCACGCCCGACGCCGCCGCAGGUCCGGCAACGCCGCACUAAAUGGCCACGCCCGUGACGCCCGCCGCCGCGACGCCAGGAGCCGCCGCCGCGGCGCCCCAGCGCCAGAUGAAGUACAUCGUCGUGACGGGCGGCGUCGUGAGCGGCCUGGGCAAGGGUAUCACGAUUUCGUCCAUUGGUAGAUUGCUCAAGGCCAAUGGGUUGCGCGUCACAUCGAUCAAGAUCGACCCCUACCUAAACACGGACGCGGGCACGAUGAGCCCCUUCGAGCACGGCGAGACCUUUGUCUUAGAUGAUGGUGGCGAGACCGAUUUGGACCUGGGCAACUACGAGCGCUUUUUGGACUUGGCUCUGACGCGGGACCACAACAUCACGACGGGCAAGGUCUACGCCAAGGUCAUCGAGCGGGAGCGCAAGGGCGACUACCUGGGCAAGACGGUCCAGGUCGUGCCCCACGUGACGAACGAGAUCCAGGAGUGGAUCGAAAAAGUUGCGCGCGUGCCGACCGACGGCCGGCCCGGCGCGCCGGACGUGUGUUUAGUUGAAGUGGGCGGCACGGUCGGCGACAUCGAGUCUGCCGUGUUCUUGGAGGCUCUCCGGCAGUUCCAGUUCCAGGUGAAGCGCGAGAACUUUUGUCUCGUGCACGUCUCGCUGGUGCCGUGUCUAGGUGUGGUCGGCGAGCAAAAAACGAAGCCGACGCAGCACGGCGUCAAGGAGUUGAGAGGAUUGGGCCUGUCGCCGGACGUCAUCGUCUGCCGCGGCGAGUCCGAGCUCGAGGAGGCCACGCGGAAGAAACUCGGCAUCUUUUGCCACGUCGACCCGUCGCGCGUCCUCAGCGUGCACGACGUGCCGAACAUCUACCACGUCCCGCUCAUGCUCGAGAAGCAGGGCAUGGACGAGAUUUUGAGGAACCGCCUCGAACUAACAAGGGACUGCGGCAUGGCCGCGCAGCGGGAAGGCCGCUGCGACCUCGCGGCCUGGCGCGCCAUGGCGGAAUCGAUCGAGACCUUCACUGAGGCCGUGACCAUCGCGCUCGUUGGCAAGUAUACCAAUUUACAAGAUGCCUACUUGUCGGUCUACAAGGCUCUCAAACAUUCGUCGAUCGAGUGCGGAAGACGCCUAGACCUCGAGUACGUGGACUCGGAGAAGCUCGAGCCGGGCGCCGAGGGCGGCGAGGAGGCCUGGGAGAAGGUCAAGAACGCCGACGGCGUCGUCGUGCCCGGCGGCUUUGGGGUACGGGGCGUCGAGGGCAUGAUCGCGUGCGCCAAGUUCUGUCGCGAGCAGAAGAAGCCCUACCUCGGCGUCUGCCUGGGCAUGCAGGUCGCCGUCGUCGAGUACGCCCGCAACAAGCUGGGCUGGGCCGGCGCGCACUCGACGGAGUUCGACAAGGAGUGCGAGAAGCCGACCGUCAUCUUCAUGCCGGAGGCCCUCGGCGAGAAGGGCGAGAUGGGCGGCACGAUGCGCCUGGGCGCGCGCGACACGAUCAUCCACGAGGACGCCUGGACGAAGAAGGGCGAGGCGUCGAUCGCGUCCUUGGUCUACCGCGGCGCGGCCUCCGUGCCGGAGCGCCACCGGCACCGCUACGAGGUGAACCCCGACGUCGUGCCCGAGCUGGAAAAGGCGGGCCUCCGCUUCGUCGGCAAGGACGACACGAACACGCGCAUGGAGAUCGUCGAGCUGCCGCGCACGGCGCACCCGUUCUACUUCGCGGCCCAAUUCCACCCGGAGUUCAAGAGCCGGCCGCAGAACCCGAGCCCGCCCUUCUUCGGCUUCGUCCUCGCCGCGGCGAAGAUGUUCCCGGCGGGCCUCGCGAAGCGCAAGGCCGCGGCCGCGCCGGGCGCGUCCAAAAAGAUGAGGAAGUAGGACGUGUUGUCCUCCCCCGCUCUCGCACUUGCUAGGUCCUGUCCGCAAUUAAGAAACCUAUUUAAAUCGCACAAAACAGUCGUUACAU